AUGGGCAACGGCACCGCCGCCGUGCUCGAGCCGACCUUCAACGGCUACGUCGCCUCCACCCACGACGCCCUCAUCCUCUUCGAGGCCUGUCUCACCGGCGUGCUGCACCACGUCCCCCGCCGCCCCCACGACCGCGAGCGCGCCCAGCUCGUGCGCUCCGGCUCCGUCUUCAUCUACGAGGAGAAUGCCUCCGGCAUCAAGCGCUGGACCGACGGCGUCACCUGGAGCCCCAGCCGCAUCCUCGGCAACUUCCUCGUCUACCGCGAGCUCGACAAGCCCUUCCCGCCCGGCGAGAAGAAGCGCGCCAUGAAGAAGGGCGCCCGCCGGCCCACCACCCAGCCUGCCCGCCCCGGCGAGCCCUAUCCGCGCCCGCAGGCCGAACCCAACGGCCAGCCCGCCUACUCGCCCACCGCCGUCUCCGCCUCCGCCGCCGCCGCCGCCGCUGCUGCUGCCGCUGCGGCCAACGCUGCCAAUGCCUCCGCUGCGGCCGCCGCCGCCGGCCCCGGCUACGGCGAGCGCUCCGCCCAGUCCGAGCUGGAGCGCGCCCUCGUCGGCUCGCUUGUCGACUCGUACGGCUUCAAGGACUCCGGCCUCGUCAAGAAGACCAUGAGCGUCACCGUCUCCGGCGUCACCCACCACCUCGUCUCCUACUACAGCGUCGAGGACGUCAUGCGCGGCGUCCUCAACCCGCCGUCCAUGGUCGAGUCGCUCAAGUACAUCCGCCCGCGCCCCGAGCUCACCACCAAGCAGAGCUUCCGCGCCCCCAUCGACGACCUCGAGUCCGCCAACCUCGACGACAACGAUCCCAAUCAGGCCCUGUACGGCUACCGCCCGCCGCUCGUCAACCAGGCCUACCAGAUGCCCAGCCCCAACUACUACCCUUUGCCCGGCGGCGGCUACGUCCCGCACCCCCAGCAGCCCGGUCCCAUGCAGGGCUACGCGCCCAUGCCCGGCCACGCCCCCUACAUGCAGCCGCCGUCCGCCGCCCAAGACAUGCCGCCCAAGACCGAGGAGUACGGCGCCUUCCGCGGCCCGCCCGGCUAUGCCGCCGCCUACGACAACCACCAGCCGCUGUCCCAUCUGCAGCAGCCCGGCAUGGGUCGUCCGCCGCCCCCACCGCAGCAGCAGCAGCAACAGCCGCCGCAGCACGCGCCCAACCAGCCGCUCUACCGCACGCCCACGCUGGCCACGCGCGCCGUGCCCGACAUGCCCACCGACCCGCGCGGCAGCUUCAGCGUGCCCGCGCAGAUGGACGGCAACCCGCCGCUGGACCAGCGCAGCCUCAAUCAGUCCCCGUACGAGGCCGCCGCCGCAGCCGCCGCCGCCCGCCGCAACUCCAGCACCGCGUACUACAACGGCGAUCGGUCGCAGGCGCCCCCGCAGCAAGCGCAGCAGCAGCCACCGCCGCAGCCGCCGUCGUCGCAGCAGCACCAGCGACAGCUGUCCGCGCCGCACCACUCGCCGCAGCAGCAGUCGCAGCAGUCGCCCUACUAUGGCGGGCAGGCCGCGCCGUCCUACCAGAGCAGCCAGGCGCCCCCACAGUCCGCGCAGGCGCAACCCAUGCCGCCCUGGGGCUCCAGCGCGUCGGGCCCAACCCAAGUAUAA